AUGACGAAGGACAGUCCCUCCUCCAGCGGAGGGGGCGGCGGUCCCCCGUCCCCGCGCGCCCCUCGACCGUCCCUGCGCAGAGCGCCUUGCCAACACCCUGGCGGGGGAAGCACCGCCAGCUGCGGCGCGUCCCCCUCGCUUUUCCACGAGGAUCACCGGCGGGAACUGGAGGCGCUGCGGGCGGAGCUGGAAGCGGAGCGCCUGCGCUCUCAAGAGGCCCGGCGCCGUUUCGCGGUCGAGGCGCGGGAGCUGCGCGAGGCGGCCGAGCGGGACCGGCAGCUGCUGGCCGACCAGCUCCGCUCCAAAUGGGAGCAGCAGCGGGCCCGCGAGCUCCACCAGCUGAGGGAGGCCACCCAGCGGCAGCGCGAGGCCGAGAUCCGGCAGCUGCUGCGCUGGAAGGAGGCCGAGCUGCGCGAGGCCCAGGAGCUGCUGCAGCGGGAGCGCGACGCCGCCAUGAGGCAGGCGCGGGACUUGCAGCGCCAGCUGGCCGAGGAGCUGGUCAGCCGCGGCGGGGCCGGCGGCCGGGGAGCCUCCGGCGGGGGGCUGAGCACCGAGUGCCGCGCCAAGCUCCAAGAAGUCCUGGGCAAGCUCCGGUGGGAGGUGGACGGCGAGCAAGCCGCCCGGAUCCGCCACUUGAAGGCCGAGCUGGAGCUGGAGCGGAGCCUCUUCCUCAAGUAUAUCCUGCAGCGCUUCGAAGGGGAGUCCUUGCGUGCCGGCUCCCCGCACCGAUUCAGGCAGGCCUCCUCGCAGCAGCGGCUGGGCAGGACCAGGCCUCGCUCUUUGGAGAGUCUCAUCGCCGCCUGCACUCCAGAUGUCCAGGCGGUUUCCAACCAGUCCUCCUCCCCUGCCCGAGGGGAGUCUCCCUGCUGCCCCCAGGUGCUGGAAGAAGGGAAGCCGGCUGACAGCAGCUGCCCGGAGCAGCCCCACCAGAAGGUGGUGGGUAAAGAAUCACCCCUGAAGGAGGAGUCUAAGCAAGAGGGCUGCGCUGAUGCACCCCCUGAAGGGAAAGUGAGCUGCUGGGGGGCCGCUGGAGAACGCACCCCAGAAGCCAUGCAGGGGCAAGGCUGGUUGUCUGGCCACAGUUAUGACCAGCUGAUGAAGCAGAACACAGAGCUGUUGGAUGUCCUGGCCAACCUGGAGCAAAGGUGCACUCAUCUCAAGGAAGAGAAUGCGCUGCUUCGGAGGAGCAGCUUCCCGGAGAUGCAAGACAAAGUGAAGCGGUUGAAGGGGAAGAAUGCAGAGCUGGCUGUCAUUGCCAAGCGGCUGGAAGAGAGAGCCAAGAAGCUCCAAGAGACACAUCUCAGAGUUAGCAGUACCCCAAUACCGUUGGCCCUGAAUUGCUCUGAGAUGGAAUUGUGCAAGGACAUGUUUGCUCAGCAGCAGGCAAAAGAUCUGAAUAAGGAAGCCCUGUUGGCCAAAGACCAGCAGUUAGAAACCUUACAAAAGGAGUGUCAGGAGCUCCAGGCUAAGUUAUCUGCUGGAAAGGAGAACACCUAUUUGCUCGAUAUCAGUGAUUUUGAUCGCUUGUUACGAGAGUCUCAGAGAGAAGUGCUACGAUUACAAAGACAGAUAACGCUUAAGACCCUGAAGGAAUCUCUUCAGACCUCCAAAGUAGGUUCAAAUGGUUCCUCUUCAUCAGUUAGCAAGCAGGAAGCAUCAUCAGCCAUAAAUGUGCAUUUAGAGGACUCUUCUUUAGUAAAGAAGACACCAAAAACAUUGAAUAUAUUGAAAAAGGAUGCAGAAUCAGAAAAUCACUUACAGCUUUUACAAAAGCAGCUUGUUGAGAAACUAAAGCAGUACAAAAGCCUUAAACAUGAGGUAGAGGAAAAACAGAAAAGAUGGGAUGAAUUGCAACUGAAACUUAAAAAAAUAUUAAGUGAAAAUGUCAGGUUAUCUGAGGAGAACUUUCGACUCCAUGAGAAAAACAAGUGGGCAGAAAAGAUUGACAAUGAAAAUGCUGAUCUGAAGAUGAAACUAAUAGAGGCAACUGAUAAGCGAAAUUCUGCUGUUCAGCUGACUAAAGGACUUGAAGUCAAAGUAGAGAAUUUAAAACAAGUAAUUAAGAACAUGGAAGAGAUAGCAGAAAGACAGCAACAGUUAGAAACUGAACAUGAAAAAACUUUACUAGAGCCGCUAAAGAAAGAAGAAAAAAUACGACAACUGCAGCAAGUACAGACAGAAAUAAGAAGAAAACUUAAAGUAGCAGUACAGUUACAUGAAGCUCAAAUGAAAGAAUUAGAAAAUCAGUACCAUAGUCAAACUGAACAUUUUAAUCUUCAGUCUCAAGAUCUUGAACUAUUACAAAUUAAAAAAGCUGUGCUUUUGGGAUCAGAAUUGUCACAUACAACAUGCAGUUCCACAGGAAUGAGUUGUCCAGAACAAGAUACCUACCAUGCUCUUCAUUGCAGUAACAAUAUUAGCGAUGAAGACUGUGUAUCCAUGGCUUCUGUUGAUUUGAUCCAAAAAGUCAAGGAAUUGGAAUCCUGCUCAAACUCAUCUGGAUCAGAAUCUAUGCAGAACAGUUCUAAAUCUUGUCUGAAUCCAGAAGAAGAUACAUUAGGUGAAAUGGAAGAACUGGAAACAGAUAAAAUAUUCCUAAACCUACAAUCAGAGAAUCAAGAUUCUUUAAAACUUCGUGUUUUUUUAGCACGAUACAGCUAUGAUCCUUUCAAUGGUCCUAAUAAAAAUCCUGAGGCAGAACUUCCGCUAACAGCUGGAGAAUAUGUUUAUAUCUAUGGAGAAAUGGAUGAGGAUGGCUUCUAUAAAGGGGAGUUGAUGGAUGGCCGAAGAGGGAUAGUACCCUCAAAUUUGGUAGAGGAAGUUCCAGGUAACGAUCUAAUUAGUUUUAUUCCUUCAGAGCCAAGUGAAAUUUCCUAUAAUUCAUUCCAUGAAUCAAGUUUUCCCUGCCAAAGUGCUAGUAGUGGAGAAAAAAGCAACAGCCCUGAUGAAGAUACAUGCAGUCAUCUUCUGUCUAACAGACCAGAGGGAGAAUUAUAUGAAGUCCAGGCCGCAGUGCCUUAUCCCAAAAAUCUGACUCUCAUCAAACAGUCUGCAAGAUCCAUCAUUAUAGGCUGGGAUCCACCCCAAAUACUAGAUAAUUGGGGAGAAAUACAGAGCUACAACAUCUAUGUCAAUUCAGAGUUACGUCAAAAUGUGAACUGUGGCAGUCAGAUGAAAACAGUGAUUGAGAACCUAGAUUUAAAGUUGCAAACUUACCGAAUCUCAGUUCAAAGUGUGACAGACAAAGGAAAUUCCGAUAGAAUGCAAUGUACUUUCCUUGUAGGUAAUACUUUCCAUAUUGCACCAACUGUCCUGAAUCUUCACAAAGUCACUGCCACAUCAGCAAAAAUCACUUGGUUACCAAGCAACAGUAACUAUAUUCAUACAGUGUAUCUUAAUGAGAAGGAAUACGAUGUGACGAAAGCAGGGAUCUACUGCUAUAGUUUCCAAAACCUCAAACCCAGCACUCAGUACAGUGUAAAAGUGGAAUCUCUUAAUGAAGAGUUGGUGUAUACUCAGGGGGGGUUGGAGCAGAAAUCUACAGCAAUUACAUUUACUACUCCCUCAGCAGGGCCACCUGAUACUCCCCUUGAUGUCCAAGUACAACUUGGUUCUUCCGCAGACGUUCUAGUUAUUAGCUGGUUACCAGUAACAAUUGAUGCAGCAGGAUCAUCGAAUGGGGUAAAAGUCAUAGGCUAUGCUAUUUAUAUCAAUGGACAGAAAGUAACCAAAAUUAUGUCACCAACAGCUGGGAGCAUAUCAUUAGAAGUUUCCCAAAUACAUAUGUUCCAAGGUCCUUGGAAAGUUUCUGUAAGAACUGUUUCUCUGUUUGGGGAGUCUGAGGAUUCUGUGCCAGCUUUAAUUCCAUUGACCCUGCUGAAAGUGCCUAGUGCUUUAUUGUCAAAGUUUGUUGCCUCUGAGUUGACUUUCAAAGAAUUCUUAGAAUCUGAAGGCAUGCCAGUCUCCGCAACUACCUAUAUAGAGGAAGAAGAGGAGGAGGACCAAGAGACUAAAUGGGCCAUUUCUGGUGAAGAUGUCUGCAAGCCACAGGAGAACCCAGAAUCUUCCCUAGAACUGCCAAAAGACAAGAUUAUGACUUUGAGAGCAGAUCAAACAAUGACACGCUCAGCGUCUGAUGCUGGCCCCCAAAGAAGUAUUGCUUCAGGAGAUUCAGUCAGUGAUGACCCAGCAAGAUUAUUUGUAGCCCUUUUUGACUCUGAUCCCACCACUAUGUCACCUAAUUUUGAUAAAAAUAAAGAACAGCUACUCUUUAAAGACGGACAGGUUCUAAAAGUGAUUGGUGACAAAGAUGCUAUUUACAGAGGUGAAUGUGAAGGAAAGAAACGAUUUAUUCCCUGCAAUAUGGUCUCUGAAAUGCACAUCGACAGCUCAGAAGUAAAAAACCACCUGUUAAAGAAAGCUGAUGAAGAAUGA